AUGAAAACCAUAAUUCUUUUGGGGCUACUAGGAGCCACGAUGUCAGCCCCACUUAUCCCACAGCACCUUUUGUCUGCAAGCCACAGCAACGAGUUACUGCUGAAUCUUAAUAAUGCUCAGCUUCAGCCACUACGGCUUCAGGGUCCAUUUAAUUCAUGGCUUGCUCCUUUCUCUGGGAUUCUACAACAGCAACAACAAGCUCAAAUUCCAGGACUCUCCCCAUUCUCUUUAUCAACUCUAGACCAGUUUGCCAGACUGUUCCCAAAUCAGGUAACUUUCCCAGGACAGGCCAGUUUUGCACAAGGAACCCAGGUGGGACAACUGGACCCCUCACAGCCUCAAACACCACCGCAGACCCAACAAAGCCCAAAUCACGUGAUACCCUAUGUGUUCUCAUUCAAAAUUCCUCAAGAGCAAGCACAGAUGCUUCAAUACUAUCCGGUUUACAUGCUCCUACCCUGGGAACAACCUCAGCAAACAGUAACACAGUCACCUCCACAAACAGGACAGCAGCAAUUUGAGGAGCAGAUACCAUUCUAUACUCAAUUUGGAUAUAUUCCACAACAAACAGAACCUGUUAUACCAGGAAAGCAACAACUAACAUUUGAUACCUUCAUAGGCACAGUUCCUGAAACUGGAGCGAUGCCAGCAGGAGGAGUGAUACCAUAUUUACAAAAAGAAAUGAUAAACUUUAGGCCUGCCAGUGGAGGAAUUUUCAUUCCUUCAACUUCACAAAAACCCAGCACAACAAGUAUUUUUGCUUCUGAUAUAGACCCAACUAUUACCCCAGAGCUCAUGGAAGAGAAGGCCAAGACUGGUAGCCUAAAGGAACCAUAA